UCUUCUUUGGGGAUACGACACGAAGCUCUCAAACUGAUACAGUAUAAGCGUGCAUUUGGUUCCUGCUGCUUCGUGGUGAUUGAUUGGUUCUUGCGUGAUUUGGAUCGACUACGAUGGCUGAGCUGCGGUCGUGGAAGUCGAUGCUCUGCUGCGUGGGCGGGGUGACCGGCGGCGAGGAGGACGUGCCUUCGUCGGAUGAGAACGGGAGGAGGGGAGGGGGAGGUCACCACCGGAGGCUGCUGUCGUCGUCGUCGGCGUCGUCGGCGUCGCGGGUGUCGCUGUCGAGCCUGAGCUCGACGGGGACUCUGACGCCGGAGGACCUGUCGCUGACGCUGUCCGGCUCGAACCUCUACGCCUUCAGCUACGCCGAGAUGAGGGCCGUCACCGGCGGCUUCUCCCGCGUCAACUACCUCGGCUCCGGCGGGUUCGGCCCCGUGUACAAGGGCCUCGUCGGCGACGACCUCCGCCCCGGCCUCGACGCGCAGGCCGUCGCCGUGAAGUACCUCGACCUCGACUGCGGCACGCAGGGCCACAGGGAGUGGCUGGCCGAGGUGUUCUUCCUUGGGCAACUGAGGCACAAGAAUCUCGUCAAGCUGAUCGGCUACUGCUACGAAGACGAACACCGGAUGCUGGUGUAUGAGUACAUGAGCAACCAGAGCUUGGAGAAGCACCUCUUCAAAAGUCUCGAUGGCGCGAUGCCAUGGAUGAGGAGGAUGAAGACCGCCGUCGGCGCGGCCAAGGGGCUCGCCUUCCUCCACGACGCCGACACGCCGGUCAUCUACCGCGACUUCAAGGCAUCCAACAUCCUCCUCGACUCGGAAUUCAACACAAAGCUCUCCGAUUUCGGGCUCGCCAAGGAUGGGCCGCAGGGCGACGCGACCCACGUUACGACACGUGUCAUGGGGACAAACGGGUAUGCGGCGCCAGAGUAUAUCAUGACAGGACACCUGACCGAUAAGAGUGACGUGUAUAGUUUUGGAGUGGUGCUACUGGAACUACUAUCGGGCCGGCGUUCGGUGGACCGGUCUCGACGCCAUAGGGAGCAGAGCUUGGUGGACUGGGCUAGGAAGUACCUCAAGAAGCCCGACCAGCUGCACCGGGUCGUCAUGGACCCAGCUAUGGAGGGCCAGUACUCCUACAAAGGGGCCCAAGAGGCCGCUUUGGUGGCCUACAAGUGCUUGAACUCGUCGCCGAAGUCUAGACCCACCAUGAGGGAGGUUGUCAAGGCCCUGGAGCCGAUAUUGGACAUGAAUGACUACCUCCAAAUUGGCCCAUUUGUGUUCACACUUGUAGAAGAUGACAAGAGCAAAACAAAGAAGGAAGAUGAUGAGAAGAUUGAAAUGAAGAUCGAGGCAACGGUAGAAGAGAAGCACCAGAGCCACCAUGACCGGUACCGACAAAAGCACCCAAACUCCGCGAUCCACGCAGACAUCGUGCUGCAACGAGACGGUUUAGUCGGAUCAUACACCACUUCGCUGAGACGACACCGGAGGACGUCAAGCUAUUUCAAGGAGAGAGGUGCAUAAAAUUCACGGUCAGGACUUAAAAGAGGUGAAUAUAUAGGAGUACUGCUAGGAAAAAGAAAAACAAAGGUUUAAGAUCUGUACAUAACUAAGAUAGAUCUUUAGAGGGGUUAUGUGAUACAAGCCACAUAGCCACCACAUUGGUUUUUUGGUGUGGGAUUUGUUCAUUCAUUGGUAGUGCUCUGUUCUUGGCAGUGAUGUGCUAGUAGUGUGAUGAAGAUCCUGAUUUUUGGAUUUUUCGUCGUGGUUAAUCAAGAGCAAAGAUAGAAUGGGCCAAUGGUUGCCUGUUUUGCCUUGAAAACCUUGUUUUGGUCUUAUUGGCAUGGUAAUAAAAGGGGACAAAUGUGUGCCUUGCCUUGUGCAGCAUAAUUC